AUAUGAGCGCCUCGGUGCAGUGCAGUCACCAGGGGGCAUGCACAUAGUAAUAAUACAAAUAAUAAUAAUGAUGAUAAAUGCAUCGAGGAAAGCCUUCUACACAAGCCUCCGUCGUUUCCAGCCUCCGGUCGUGUUGUGAUGGAGUGGUGCGUUUAGGUUCAUGUGUCCGACCGGCGGCUCUGCCCCUGGCUUUUUUUCUGGGGGACAUCAUAUUGGAUCAUAUUGUUUGCAGGACGUUGUUCCUCCUGCAGCCCCCCCAGUCUAUCCCGACGUAGUUGUGAAUUGAACAUGGCGACUGUACCAGUAUAUUGCAUCUGCAGAUUACCUUACGACGUGACCCAGUUUAUGAUCGAGUGCGAUGCUUGCAAGGACUGGUUCCACGGAAGCUGUGUUGAGGUGGAUGAAGAUGACGCUCCAGAUAUUGACAUAUAUCACUGUCCAAACUGUGAGAAGAACCACGGCAAAUCCACCUUGAAAAAGAAAAAGAACUGGAGCAAACAUGACACAGGACAAAGCACAGAUAUCAAAGCUGUUCAGAACGGCAGUCAGGUGUUCAUAAAGGAGCUGCGCAGCAGGACCUUUCCAAGUGCUGAUGAUGUGGUGGUGAAGCUGAGUGGCGGUCAGCUGACCAUGGAUUACCUUGAGGAAGGGGGCUUCAACGAGCCCCUCCUGGUUCUGAAGAAGGAGGGUCUGGGCCUGAGCAUGCCCCCCCCCACCUUCUACAUCAGUGAUGUGGAGAACUACGUUGGUCCAGAUGUGGGUGUGGAUGUGGUGGACGUCACCAAACAGACUGACGGCAAGAUGAAGCUGAAAGAGUUUGUCGAUUAUUACUACAGCACAAACAGAAAGAAAGUGUUGAAUGUCAUCAACUUGGAGUUCUCUGACACCAGGAUGAACACUAUAGUUGAGAGUCCACACAUUGUGCGUCAGUUGUCCUGGGUAGAAAACUACUGGCCUGACGACGCUCUGCUUGGGAAGCCGAAAGUCACAAAAUACUGUCUGAUCUGUGUCAAAGACAGCUACACAGACUUCCACAUCGAGUGUGGAGGCGCCUCUGUCUGGUACCAUGUCCUGAAGGGGGAAAAGAUCUUCUUCCUCAUAAAGCCCACCUCUGCCAACCUGUCUCUGUACGAGCGCUGGAGGUCGUCGUCCAAUCACAGUGAGAUGUUCUUUGCCGACCAGGUGGACAAGUGUUACAAAUGCACUCUGAAGCAAGGGCAGACGCUGUUCAUCCCCUCAGGUUGGAUCAAUGCCAUCCUGACCCCGGUGGACUGCCUGGCUUUCUCGGGACACUUCGUCCACAACCUGAGUGUGGAGAUGCAGAUGAGAGCGUAUGAAAUCGAGAAGCGGCUAAAGGUCAGAACUCUCACCCCCUUCCCCAACUUUGAGACGGCGUGCUGGUAUGUCGGACGACAUCUCCUCGAGCGAUUCAAGGGUUUACAUAAAGCAAAUAAGCAACCGGCCCCGUACCUGAUACAUGGGGCCAAAAUCAUCAACGGAGCCUUCAGAGCUUGGACUAAGAAACAGGCCCUGUUAGAACACGAAGAUGAGCUUCCAGAAAACAUGAAACCAUCCCAGCUCAUCAAAGAUCUUGCAAAGGAGAUCCGACUCUCAGAGAAUGCCACAAAAGCUGUUAAGAGUGAGCCCAGCAUCAAGGUUCCAGUGGAGGAGCCCCCAUCCACACACUCGGAGCCUGAAGAGCCCGUCUCCCCGGCCCAUGUCCCCUCACCCAGCAGAGAGAAGGCCAGAAAGAAAGCUUUCAAACCCCCCAAGCCUCCGAAGCCUCCCAAACCCCCCAAGAUGCCUAAAGCCCCCAAGCCUCCAAAGGUGCCCAAGGUCAAGGAAGGAGGAAAGAAGAAGGCAAAGAAAUUGAAAGAGUCGUCGCCGCCUCCUAAACCCUCCAGCUUUGCAGCUCUCGAGUCCCAUGCCAAAGACAUCCUGAGCAAAAUGGACCAGCCCAAAAAGACAAAGGCUGUCAAAAACAUCUUGAGUAUAUCAGAGAAGGAAAUAUCAAAGCAGAACAACCCAGAAAAGUUUGAAUUCAGAGAGCAGAAUAAAAACAAGACUGAAGCAAAAUGGAAGUAUAAGAAUAGUAAACCAGAUUCCCUGCUGAAAAUGGAAGAAGAGUGCAAAUUUGACAGAACACCACUGUCAGGCAACAAAGACAGAUUCAGCUUCACCAUGUCUCACAAGAAGACGCUGGGCUCCAAGAUGCUGAAACCUCAGACCAACUCAAGUGUUUUUGGAUCAUUACAAAACCUAAAAGAAGACAAAACCAAGCCGGUGAGAGACGAGUACGAGUAUGUCUCAGACGAGGGGGAGCUGAAGAUUGACGAGUUCCCCAUCAGGCGGAAAAAGAACACGGUCAAGAGAGAUCUGUCCUUUUUGUCGGACAUUAAAGAACCCAUUCAACCAGCCAAGAAACCAAAGCUCCAGCCCAUGGGGAAACCGAGUGCGGACUCCUCAGAUGAAGAGACCCUGCACAUAGACACAGAGGCCAAGCCCGAGGUGAAGAGUCGCAACGCUAAGGUCAAGAAGAAGGGCGGUAGCGCAGCAGGGAUUCUUGACCUGCUGCAAGCCAGCAAGCAAGUGGGAGGGAUUGACUACAGCACCAACAGUCAGCCACCUGCAUCUCCCAGCACACAGGAGGCCAUUCAGGGCAUGCUGUCCAUGGCCAACCUGUCGUCUUCAGACAGCUUGCAGCAGCCGUGGAGCAACAGCCAGUCCAAGAGCAACUCUCACAGCACCCCGGCAGGCAGGAAGGCGACUGGGGGGGCGGGCGGCGGCAACAGCAAGCGGCCCACCAAACGGCUUCCUAAGAAACCCAGAAAAAGCAGCAGCAUCGAGAGUCUGGAUUACGAUGACGACCAGGACCACAUGGACGCGUGUUUUAAGGACUCCGAUUAUGUUUAUCCCUCGUUGGAGUCUGAAGAAGAUAAUCCGGUUUUCAAAUCCAGAUCAAAAAAACGAAAAAGCAAUGACGACACUCCCUACAGCCCCACAGCACGGGUAGGACCCUCUGUUCCUCGUCAGGAGAGGCCGGCGAGAGAUGGAGCGCGAGUGGCCUCCAUAGAAACGGGCCUGGCCGCAGCUGCAGCGAAGCUUUCUCAUCAGGAGGAGCAGCAGAAAACCAAGAAGAAGAAAAAAAGCACCAAAAAGAAGGCCGUAGUUAUAGAGGAGCCCCCGAAAGUCUCUCAGGACAGCAGCUCGCCGGAGCACAAUGUGGACGAUGGCAGCCUGACGGACCCCGAGUUCAACACAGGAACAGUCAAGUCGCCUGGGGGGCCACAACCCAUGGCACCCGGGGUUUUUCUGAGCCAAAGGCGACCUUCGGUUUCUUCUCCCAACAACAACAGCAGCAACUCCAUUAGCACCACCAGCAGCAGCAUGGCCAAGGUGGAGCGUGUGGUGUCAGCAGACGCCAAAGCGAAGCGGCUAAAGAAAGGCAUGGCGACAGCCAAACAGAGACUUGGAAAGAUUUUAAAGAUCCAUCGGAAUGGAAAGCUCCUCCUGUAGCAUGCAGCAGACGGACUGGGAACCCCCGUUCACUGAUUAAAUCCAACGAUGGAAGAAAAGAUCAUGCAUUUUUCAAUUUCUAUGAAGAACAUCACUCAAAUAGGUUUUUGCCUCUACUUAUACUUUAUAACUUUCAGAUAUUAAGAUGUACAGAACCUACUAUAAAUAUUUUUUAAGAGAACAUGUCUCAUUUUACUACAGCUGUCAGUUUAUCAGGGGUUGCAAACAGAUGAAUUAAAACACAUUGCAGUCAUUCCAGGAUCUGAAAGUAUCCCUUGCAUGUAUUCAGUUGCAUGUGCGCUUGAGUCAGGGUGUGGGGAUUCGACUCAAUAUUUCUUCCUAUAUGGAUGCAGCUUAUCAUUGCCACACUGAUGAUUAACACCCCUCCCCUCCUUUUCUCUCAUUAUGUUCACACUUCACGUUUUUAUUGGAUUGGAGUCACAGACAGGAAGCUACUUCAACUGUAAAGCACAAGUGUCUGGAAAUGAAAAGCAUAGGAUGUGCGACAGUAGGUGGCGCUGUAGCCAAUGAUAAGCCUCAUCUAUGUCAGGUGUGCAGUCACAUGGGGAUACUUUCUCUCUUCUCUUGGUUUCCCAGGCAGCACCUUCACACAGUACAGUAUAUAGAAUGUAGCUUGUACAUAGCCUGUUAAAUGACUGCUUUUCUAUCCUUGCUUUUCCUUAAGGCUUAAUUCUACAUUUCUACCAGAUUUGCAAAAAAAAUGUAUACAUAUAUAUAUAUAUAUAUAUAUAUAUAUAUAUAUAUUUACUUUGAUUUUGAUUACAUUUUUUAAAGGCAGAACUUCGUUGAACCCCCAUUAGAUGCAAAGGUGUUGUCUGGAAAACAACUGAAGAAAUAAUACAUUGUAUUGUCAUAUGGCCUUACAUACACAAAGCUAAUUGUAUUGUGAUUCUGUUUGAACAACAGACACAGCUUGGAGGACACUGAUAUAACAGGAAAAAAGGAAACUGUGUUUCUGCUACCAGCCUCUUGUUCCACUUGUAGUAUCAUGAAGGCUUUCGGAAUUAUUUUACUAGCACCUUGUGAAGUGUUUAUGUGUCAGUGAUGUAAUUUAUUAAUGUUUGUAGCUUUUUAUACUUGUAAAAUUCUUAAGAGUAUUCUUUUUAAUUAUUUCAUCAACUUGUGAAAUUUCCCUUAGCAGACAGUUGUUGUUUUCCCUUUCCUUUUCUUUUCCUUUUCUAGGAUGCGUGUGUGUUAGGGGACAUCAGGAAAAUUUUACACACGAGGAUCUCCAUUAGCACACAUUUUUAUCUCCAUACUGUCUUCUCUCAAUGUCAAUGUUAUGAUAGGAAACAUGUCCAAAGUGUUAUUAUUCUUCUUGGUAAUAUUACAGUUAUAAUCACACCCUUUUUUUCUGGUCAGGUCAUAUUCAGUGUAACGCGCUGUGUACUGUAUAGCAGCAAUGUUUUAGUCACACAUGUACUCCAUGCGUCCACUUCUCACAGAUGAGAUGCGCUCCCAUCCAACUGUCAGCGGGGCACAUUUUCAGGUUUUUAUUUGUACAAUAUGCGUGUUGUUUUGUUGUGAUUUAUUUUUGUAUGUCCGACCUAUUAAAUGCAUCUGCUGUGCCAGACAGCGGAUCGUACCUGUUGUAGCUGUCUUCCCUUACUGUUAUCUGCAGUACUAGUAAGUAUUUACAAUCCUUUUUGAGCUGAAUCUAUAUUUUUCUGUAUUUAGACUAUUCUGUUUGAGAUCAUUGCUCACUUUUUUAAGACAUCGACAAAUCCUGAGGAACAAACAUAUUGUUGUAAAUGAUAUGAUUGUCCGCUUUGUUUACUUUUGCAAUACAGUUACUGUGUAAAACCUA